AGAAAGAGCCUCCCAUCAGGAGAGAAAAGAAAAGAGGGGCUGGGAAACUGUGCAGGACCCUGAACCGAGGCGAGAAUAAACAAGACGCAUCCCGGAGCCGACUGCGCGCCUCACUCCCAGACACAACACAGCCCAGUCCUCCGCGCGUUUAAGGGGCAUUUCUACACAUCCGCGUCGGCCUUUCCCCCUCUCCACACAACUUGUUAAUAACUUUUUCUUUCUCCCCGUGGAGUUGGAGGAUCCUGACCCAGCCGUGCGGCGCCUGAUCUGACUUUGAAGGAGUUUUGGCUUCCCAGGCUUGAUUGCAUUGCCUCAGAGUGUCGUUUUUGUUUUGCUGUCGAAGCCACGCAUCGUUAAAGGCCACAGUCUGUGUGGAGCAGAAGCAUGGAAAUCCUGGACAAUAGUGAAUCGUUUCUACACUGGGACAGAAACCUCAGUGAGCUGUCUGAGGCCGGGGAAAACGACUCAGUCCUGUACAGCACCCACUUCUCUGAGCUCCUGGAUGAUCUCUCCCAGGAUGCCUUGCUGGGCCAGUUGCUCAGCGACCCCUUCCUGUCGGGGGUGAGAGGCGGAGUGGAGGCCAUGGAGGGGGAGGAUGUGGGCGACCUGGCCCCGUCCUCCCCUCUGCCCCCCCACAUCACGGCCGAGCACAGCUACUCCCUGUGCGGCGACAGCAGACCCCAGUCUCCCCUGUCGCACCUCAAUGGAGAGCAGGGCAGCGAGGCAGCCGAGUCAGAUGGGGGGGAUUCAGCCGAGUGGGCCAUGGAGCAGGAGGAGGCCAUGGAGGGUCUCCUGUGCGAGGCUCCCUCCCUCCUCCCCACCCUCUCCCUCUCUCUGGCCUCCACCGAGGGGCCCCAGGCACACGAGGGCCCCACUUCGGCCCCUGCCGCCACACCAGCACAGACCACCAUUUCCAACCACAACCAGGGCAAGAGCAUCAAGGUAAAGGAGGAGAGUGUGAUCCCUCAGAUUAAACUGGAGCCCCAUGAAGUGGACCAGUUCCUCAAUCUGUCACCCAAAGGGCUGGAGUCGCUGCAGAUGCCUCCCACUCCUCCCAGUUCCCACGGCAGCGACUCAGAGGGCAGCCAGAGCCCCGUUCAUGCCCCCCCGGGCCUGUCCUGCCCCGCCUCGCCCACCAGCCCCCCGCCAUCGCAGGCCAGCCUGAAAGUGGCGCCACGUGCUCCCUCCUCCCUGUCCAACUCCCCUCUGCUCACUGCCCCUCAUAAACUGCAGGGGUCAGGGCCUCUGAUCCUGACUGAGGAGGAGCGCCGCACGCUGGUGGCCGAAGGUUACCCAGUGCCAACCAAACUGCCCCUGACCAAGGCCGAGGAGAAGGCUCUGAAGAAGAUCCGCAGGAAGAUCAAGAAUAAGAUCUCAGCUCAGGAGAGUCGCAGGAAGAAGAAAGAGUACAUGGACGCCCUGGAGAAGAAGGUGGAGACCUGCUCCAAUGAAAACAACGAGCUGCGCAGGAAAGUGGAGAAUCUGGAAUGCACCAACAAGUCUCUGCUACAGCAGCUGCAGUCUCUGCAGGCGGUGGUAGCAGGCAAAGUCCCCAAGUCCUGCAGGGUGGCUGGCACUCAGACAUCAUCAUGCCUAAUGGUGGUGGUGUUGUGUUUUGCUCUGUUUCUUGGUAGUUUCUACCCCAGCAGUCUGACUCCCUGCUCCACCAUCACUGAGGCUGGCCACAGCUCGAAACAACUGGCCAUCAAAGAGUCCUACACAGCCACAGUGAAGUCCAGGAAUCUCCUGUCGACCUACGAGGACGAGCAGCCGCACCCACUCGGUCUGGGAGGAGAAUAUCCCGACCAAUGGGAGGACACGCCCGCCGUCGUCAUGGCAGCGUGGCGUCGCUCCGAGCAGCAGAAACUGGGGGUGGAGCCAAGCAGGGUGGAGACGCACCCACCUUUCAGGAGUAACAGCAACGCCACACAGACGACAAAAAACCUGGUGCUGGAUCUGCACAGGUCUCUGGAGCAGAGGGUCAACGACAGCAGCAGUAAAGUGAUAGAGUUGGAGCGAACGGUCAAUGAGACCUCCUGAGGUUGACAUCAUCGCCCCCCUCCCUUCCCCUGUCAACCCCUAACCCCCGUGACCUUUGACCUUCCCUCUCCUGAGCAUGGUUCAGUGUCCUGGAGCAAACCUCGUACCCACUGACGAUUGUUUAAGGUGAUUUUUCUUCUGCCAUUUCUGCUUAAUCAGAGAGUACACUGUAAUAGGAAUAAUAAUAAUAAUAAUAAUAAUAAUAAUAAUAAUAAUGCUAAUAAUAAGAAUUAUUACAGGGCACUGGCUGCCUUCAUUUUCGAAGUGAAGUUGCACUGAAUAGUUUUCUACCUUAGUCAACUUGACCAUUUUAGUUGUACUUAAUCGACCCGGCGUGAGACACUGUGUUCAGUCAAACAUAUCACAUCCAGAUAAAUCCCGACAGAUCCAGCGAACGAAGUGGCAUACAAUUCAGUGGAAAAGCGCAUUUAAAUUGGAGAUGUGAGGCUUUUUACAGGACACUGACAAGCGUUAAGAGCACGGAGGACCUCUGUAUUUAUAGAACCUUUUUAUUUUUUUUUUUCAGAAAUGUAUUUCUCUUUGUAGUUGUAUUUCUUUUUAUUUUUAAACGUUUUUAUUCCAUUCCAGUAAUACAUACAUCCCAUUUUGAUACUUAUUUGUGUUCAUAUUUUGUGUGUUUUUAAUGUUAUUGUACUCUUUUAUAUAUUAUUAUUGAUAUGUUCUUCAUCUGUUGUUUUGCACCUUGAGUACUUUUCUUUGGACGCUAUUAGCUCUGGGGUUCCUACGCACGUCUGGAUGGUCUGGAAAAAAAAAAUGUAAGGGCAAACUAAAUUGAUAAUUUCCAGACUUUAGAAAAAAAUGUCCUCAUAUACAUAAUUUAGGACCACAUGUUUCAUGCAGCCCAACUCGCCAGUCAUGUCGCCAGCUGGCAAUUUAUCAUAGUGAACACUGAAUGAAAUCUUUAAAUCCGGUCAAGAGAUCAACAUCUGGAAUUUAAAAAAAAAAAAAAAAAAAAAAAAAAAAAAUUUUAAAUGAGACUUGGUGCAGGAACCCUGUCAGCUAUGCUUCAGCCAUUUUUUCCAGCUCUGUCUGAGGGAUGCAUUUUCUUUUUUCAUGUGAUCGCUGUGUGCAAGUUAGGAGUCUAAUUUGAGACUGGGUGUCCUGUGAUAUUAUCUGAAAUUUGGACAACAAAAGCAUCUUAAGGGGCUUUCCAACUGUGGACUAUAUUUGGUCAGGUUGCUCUCAUCCAUUUUUGAGAGAAUAAAAGAUGGUGGAUCAAUCUGGAUGCAGCCAGUUGGACUAUUAAAGAGGUGAUCACUGGCAAAAAGCACCUCCAGAUAUUUACUUUGCAUUGCUGUGACAGUGCAAGAUGAUUCUAACAAUCACACAUUGGAACAGGGAGUUCCCAUGAAAACAACAUAAAUGGAAAAACCUAUUUGGGAAUUCUUAAAUGUGUGAUGAUCCACUGAAUUCUCUACAUCAAGUGUGUUACAGCCAUAGAAAUUGAAUUUCUAUGGAUGCGGCCUGCAGUCCUGUGAUGCUUUUGGAAAACACUCUCCUUGCACACUUUCAGUGUCAAAUCCCCACAGUGUAUUUUCAAAAAAAAAAAAAAUCCCUUUAUGUCCUAAAAUAGUCGUUAUUUAUGUUUCAGCAUCUGCCAAAAAAAAAAUCUUCCUGGGAAAAAAAAAACUAUCUAUUUUU